AUGGGCUGCAAGAUCUAUCCAGACCCACUUGCGCUCGAUACUGGGAUUCCCCCAGAGCAGUUCCAGUCUCUCCUGGUGUCGGAUCAUUACAUCCUACUUCGCCAGGCUCAUGCUCGAUAUCCUGCCUUGGUCAAUAUGAAUACCUUAGCAACUUAUUUGCAACCCGAAAUCAAGUCUAUGCUCGACUCCGUUCAUCCUUUCUUAGCUGCUCACGAGUCUUACUUUCCCAAAGACCGUGAUACCCUCGUUAUCUGUUUCCUGGCAACGAUGACUGCUCUAGCCAAUAACCUCAGCCUGGCUUUCCAAUCUGUGCACUGGGAGGUUUGGAAAGUUGUGGAUCCUACCAGGAUGUUUCAAUUACUCGGUUUUUCCAAGCCCAGGUUCGAUCCUGACGAUACAUUUCCUGGUGAAGUCAUCGCACCCAUGCUCCCAGGACUCCCGACUAAACGGAACCAUUUCCAGGUAGCACCUGAAGAGGUUUUUCGUCAAGGCCUCCGUUGGCAGCACUUCCAGGAUGCCGCUUCUAGUGCCUGGUUUGCUAACUUGGGUGAUCACUACCUUUUGCUUCGCCUGGCCCAUACCCGAUACCCUCAAGUACUCGACUCUAACAUACUGGUCAACUGGUGCCAACCCGAAGUAGCUGACUUAAUUAACCAUGUGCAUCCUUUCCUGCUUGCCCAUGCAAACCAUUUUCCGGACGAUACAGAUGCCCUAGCCCUGCGAUUCCUUAUGACCGUUACCACGGUUGCAAUAACUUGGGACCUUGUUUCAUCGACCCGGAUUGGACUCCUUGGAUGUGACUUGCAUUUCCCGGGUGACCAGGAUCCAGUUAUCCUAUCGGAUCAUUUUCCGGGUUCGACGGGUCUUCAGUAUACCAGCGAUUUGCCGUUCUUCCAGGUUGGGAUCGGUUGUUAUCCGAUGGACCUGGACAAAUUGCCAAGUGCGAUUGCGGAUGCCCUGCGACUUCUGUCCCAGGCUGGAGUUUAUCCUAUUCACUUGCCUGCCUGGCUGUUCUCAUGUGGUUAUACUUGGUCUGGCAUGGGUCCCAUUUUCUAA